CGCCCCGCGCGCCCUGGAACAGGUGAUGUUACAUACCUGCGAUGUCUCAUGACCGCCGUCAUCGUGCAUCCAAUCGUCACGCACGGACGAUCUGCUGCUGGUCGACCCGAUACCUGGCUGUGAUAAUUACCGAGGCCCGUCGCGCCCGCACACGCCGCGGCACGCACGCCGCGACGAUCGCCGAGAUGACAGUGCCAAGAUAGAAUCGCGCCGACGGGCAUCCCGAGAUCCCACGGAGCGGAUUGCGCUGGGGAGAACCAUGGCUUUCCCACCCUUAGUCAGCUCCACGCCGCCACCCUUGGACAACUUCGGAGAGUCCGACGAAGACGAAUUUGGAGACUUUACGACUGGUGGAAUAGAUGGUCUGUCUGUUUCAUCAGAGUCUCCGCAAAAACUUAUUACUCCGAUACAAACUCCACUGACAUCGCAGACUGCAUCUCCUAGAAUAAACGGUAUUAACGAGUCACCAGUAUUGGAUAGUCGCCCUAAGAUAAACGAAGCCUCGAAACGUGGCGUUAUCGACGAUCUGUUGAUCGUCGAGAAGGCGGAGAACAAUGUGAGCCGCAUAAGAUUGAAGACUAGAACGGAUAAUAGUAAUGUAUUGGAAGAUAAUUUCGAAGAAGCUAGUAUAACAGAACACAGUGUAUUAGAUUCACCUAGGAAUGGCGAGUCGCGUAAUGUUGAGACUAGUAAUAGCGUUGAUCACGUUUGUACUCAGAAUGUUUUAGCUAAGGAAAAUUUUGUUGAUACGGAUGUAAUUAGUAGCAACAAUAGUAGCUUAGCCGAUAGCGUAAAGACGGUCAGCGAGCAGGAGGGGUCGUCCGGUUUGGAGGCGCAUGACGAGAUCGAGCCCGUGAGCCUGGACCUGGAUGAUCCCACGAGCACGCCGGACAUUCUGCAACAAUUGGACGACGAUUUUUACAAUUACGAGCAGUUUAAAGAUACCGAUGAUUGGAACGACGCUGUUUGCGACGAGAAGAUCGAUGUAACUGUGACGGUUUUGCAGACGGAUUACUUGAACGAUAAGCCUAAUUCCGUGGACACUAAAUGCAACGUAACGGAUGAAGGUGGAGAGACUUACGCGCCGUACGGCGAGAACGAGAACUGCGCCGAUACGAACGCUAAGUCCGCCUUCGUUCACGACGAAAGGACAAUUUCCAGUUUUGUUACCUCGCAAGAACACAAUGUAGGCGGUACGGACGUUUUCGAACAAUCGGAUUGUGAAUUCAGUAUUCAACCAAAGUACAUAGAGAUGUACAAUGUAGUGUCUAACGCCGACACGAACAACGAGAAGUCUGGUAAAACUGCAAACGAUUCUUUCGGUUUUGAUUUCGCUUUCGACGACGACGCUGUGAGAGAGGAAUCAAAUCUAGAUGAUACAUCCGUACGUACGCAUAACGAGGACAUCCACCUUCGUAGCUCUAGCAAAAGAGGCAACGCGAGUACUUUUCCUAAUAAUUUCUGCGAUAUAACUGAUGUAAAAAAUACCGUACAAUCAAAAGAAAGCGAAUACGUAGCCGUAGAAACGAAAAAUCAAACUGUUCAAAAAGUAGAUGUGAAUGGGGCGAGCGAGGAGAUGUCUGCUCACGAGGGAAACGAGUCGAGUAGUGAGGAAAUGCGCAGACAGUACAUUCCGGAAAAUGGUUUUGACGCGCACGACGAGGAUAACUCCGAUUUUACAGAAUUUAUGGAGCACAGAGAUUUUGACGAUGUAUCAGAGUUGACAAAUAACUACAAUUCAAUAUCCAGUAAUAGUACAUACGAGACAGUACAAACUCACGAUUUACAUACAUCUUCACCCGACGCGUCUUGUAUACAAAAGCUUUCACCAAUAAGAGGAUCUUCACUGCCAUCUUCUAGUACACCCCUCGACUGCUUAAAGGAUAAAGUUAAUAUUACGAGUACCGCGGGCGAAGAAUGUGCCACGUACGAGAGCAAAAGUUCUGUAGUAUAUUUUAGCGAAGGUGAAUUUUAUGAUUUUCAUUUACGGUCAGACGAGUCGACGGCAACCAAAGCACAAGAGAGCGAUUGUCCUGGAUUCGAGAGUGCGGACAACGAGGAUGAUGAUUUUGGUGAUUUUACUAAUUUUUCGAGCGCAACGGUAGAAUGGAAACCUGACGACGCGAAAGAACAGAAGGUACCUGAGGACGACGAUGAUUUCGGAGACUUUAGCAAUUUCGAAACAUCUACGGACGUAGUAGAGACACAGCAGUUUAGUUUAAAAGAGUCUAUAUGUCGGAUAGAAAACAAGAACGCCGCGAAUAAAAUAGAAGAUAUAAUAACAAACAUGUUUUCCGUGGUUUCUGAAUGUCACGAAGUCGAGUUGAAAGCCUUAAUAGAUAAGACGGAUAAAGUCUGGCAGAAUGUGAAGAGCGUGGAAGAAACCAACGCCCUCACCUACCAAUGGGCGAAUAGUAGUAGUAACAAUGUUCUUUUGAAUGCUCUUGGCAUCGAUUCUCGGAACAUUCUAUUCGGACCGAGAUGGAACCCGAAUAUUCCAAGAUUUGCUGCAAAUCUCGGCUUUACUCCGUUAGAGCCAAUUAAAGCUACUGCUGAGCUUCAGCAGUCUUCUGCAACCAGUAUCAGCAAGGCACAAGGCGUAGUUUGUUCAGAUGAAGUACCUGCUGCACAGUUUGAUUGGAAUAGUUCUGGCCUUGUAAAUCCUCUAGAUGCUAGUGGUGGUGGUGGGUUGUCCGCUCUUCUGCCUCUGGAUUUGUUGUGUCCGUUUGACCCUCUACUAACACCUCAUUGCUCCACACAUUCCGAAUCCUAUCAUCAGUCAUCUUGCUCAACGAACUCCGUUUAUUACUAUCCAUCAGAAGCAGUUGUGCAGGAACCAGUCAGUCAAUACAUGAAAUCGCAAAAUUUGUCCGACUUUGCUAACAAUCCGCAAAAACAAAAGUUGUCUCAGACAUCCAAAAUAAUAGAACCAUUGCCAGGACCCUGCACAGUGGAGUGGAAAAAGAAGGCAGAGCAAGACUUCGGAAUUAAACCGAAAAGUAAUGCGUCGCAUCGAGCACUGAGAAGUGUCCCUCUGGCCAACAAUAAGUCGUUUCCGAUAAGCAAUAAUACCUCCAGAGUACACGAGUAUCACAGAAAGACGUCGGUAGGUAAGAAAGAAAAUACGCAAGAGUGUGCGGAACACGUGGUCAUGGACCGAUACGGGCGACCGAUGGGCGUGCAAGUCGAGACCGUGAAAGUUCUAAAUCAGUUGCCGGACCUGUCGUUUUUGAACGCGAGAACUUUGUUGUUCAAUCGCGAGCAGAGGCAGAUCGUGCCGGAUCUGGGCGCCGUGAUAAAUCGGAAGAUGCCCGGCUGAGUAACAUCGGUCUGAAUGCGAGUUUGAAAGGGUAAAACGCGAGAGGAAACUUCCCAGAGGACCUGUUGCGAGUUGGAUGUUUCUAAGUGACCCAUACAAUCAAAACGUACUUCUGCUACCUUUCAAACCUGUGUUCAGACCAACCUUUGAUCCAACCUUGGCUCUUCCACGUCAGGAAAGGAUAACGAGACGCCACGUAUGAAAGACGCUGUCCUAUAUUCUUAAUCUAUUCGCUUGCGGCACCGAGCAAUGCAUUUCAACAUUCCGAAUCAUCAUUGUUUUGUGAUUUUUUUUAAUAGCGCUACUGGUAUUGUUACUGAAUCCUUCGAAGUUUUUACUUGGUUGCGCAAUUACGAUUUAAUGUUGUACUGAUAAUUUCAGAUAUUAUGGCACACAAGUUGUUUUGUUAACUCAACAGUUGUGUAAUCUUUAUUCGAGUUUUGCGUCCUUUAGUUUAAUUACAUAGUUGUAAGAGCUCACACAUUCGGCCAUAUUCUAGUCUACAGUUCUUAAUGAUAAUUUAUGUAUUAUAUGUUAGAAGAGAUCCGUUCAAGAUGUAUAUUUUCGACGAUAAUUGCAAGCAAUUAAGCAGCGCUAGAGUAUUGUACUCGGUUGUAUCGUAUUUUAAAUUCACCUACUAAUAUCCUGAAACCACUUUUAGAUGAGCAAACCUGAAUAUUCACGUUACACAUUCGCGCGCUGUACUUUGUACAUCGUUCAUCUGUUUCAAGCAAUUAUAAGUAUUCCCAGUCAUAUAGAGAACAUGCACUUUAACUACCCAAAAAUAUGUACUAAUUAUAAGUCAAUUAUCGUAGAUGAAUCUGACGAGAUUGAUAUCUGUAAUGAAAUCGUCGAGUGAUACGUUUAUCAAAUUCGCUUGAUGCUUUUAUUGCACAUUUUGAAUUUCUACUCUGGAACGUGAUGUACUUAAUUAUGUAAAUCUCGGCAUUUGCAUAUUGAUCAUUAGAGUGAAACGUUAAAUAUUAUUAUCAUUAUUCGUUAUUUAUUAAUGAUAACAUUGUAAUAUAUAUUUUAUGUAAAAUAUUGUGGAUAACAUUAACGCAUAGGCAAUCUUUGAUCGAAUA